AUGCCACCCAUCCCGGGUGGAGCGCCCCAUCGCCCACGGGUGAUCUGCUAUCACCAAACCCUCAUCCCCGGUGAGGGGCCGUAUGUCUCCAUGCUACCACUCCUGGAACAGAAUACUGGGAUUACACAUAUCAUCCUGGCCGCUAUCCACAUCAACGACGAGCCAGGGAACAUCACACUGAACGAUGAUCCUCCAGACAGCCCUAAAUUUGAUCCGCUAUGGGCCGAAGUCCCUCUGCUAAAACAGGGCGGCGUGAAAGUGAUGGGCAUGCUCGGCGGCGCCGCACCGGGCUCUUUUCAACGACUUGACGGCAGCCAGCAGCAAUUCGAACGCUUUUAUAGCCCUCUAUUGACCAUUCUUCGCCGGCAUGGACUGCAGGGGCUUGAUCUGGACGUGGAAGAAAAAAUGUCCUUGCCGGGUAUCAUUCGGUUAAUCGACCGGCUCAAGGCCGACAUGGGCGCGGAUUUCAUCAUCACGCUAGCCCCGGUCGCAGCUGCUCUCCUGGGAGUUGGCAACUUGUCGGGCUUUGACUAUCGUGAACUUGAACAGGCGUGCGCUUCUAAGAUCGACUGGUACAACACCCAAUUCUAUAAUGGCUGGGGUCCGGCAGAGGAUCCUCGGAUGUAUGCCGCCAUGGUCGCGCAAGGCUGGUCCCCGCGUCGCGUGGUAUAUGGCCUGUUAACAAAUCCCGGCAACGGAUCCCAAGGUUACGUGUCUCGUGAGAAAAUGACUGCUGUCUUGGCCACGCUAAUUGAGCAAUUUCCGGAAUUUGGUGGCGUCAUGGGCUGGGAGUACUUCAAUGCGCUACCUGGUGAUCGGGAGAACCCAUGGCAAUGGGCGGCAGAAAUGUCGAUGAGUAUGGGGAUGAAAGACUUGGUGACAGCGGCUCGUCAGAUAUUGGCGGCAGGGCCGAUGGCCAGCAGUUUGAAUAGCCUUCUGCAGGACAUGUUGAAUCAAGGGCAAGGAAGAUGA